CAAAAGAUCAUAUUGUUGUUUUGGAUGGCCAUGCAGGCUAAAACUUCGCUUGAAGUAAAAGGGGAAAUCUCGCCAUCAACUUGUGUCUACACGAGCUGUUAUUGGUACGUUGGAUCAUAAAUACCUUUCUGAUAAAGCAUUUGUCUUUUUUUGGGGGGAGUUAGUAGUAUCAAAACUAAAGAAAUAAUUUCAUCAGCAACAAAUCAUGUAGUAGACCCAACCAAGGUUUCUGUCAUUGAAUUGUACAGUACACAGGUAAUAGCGAAAUUCUCAUAAGAAUGUUAAAACCUUUAUCUCUUCCUUUUAUUUGCAUAUCGUGUUUAUGAAAUACCUGCAUAACUUAAUGUUUGCACUCCGUGUCAUUUCCCCCUCUGAUCUAUUUUUUGCGCGUGAAAUUGUAAGUAUUUUCGCGGGGUUUUCCCGUGUACGCUAGUAAAAGGCAAUCGAAAACUGUUUGAGUUAAAAAAAAAAGUUCAUGUUUCAAAGGAGUUUGAUCCGUGUCUUUUUAUUGUGCACUACAGGGUGAAAUUGAACUAGGCAUAGGCACGUCGUUUUUGUUUCGUGAGAUUUUGAAGCCUGUUUAGUUGGAUUACCCUUGAUUUUGUUAUGUGCUAGGUUUCGAAAUUAAAUUUUUAUCUUACAUCAGGAAAAUUUGGAAUUGUAAAAGUUGCCUUCCUUUCUGUAAAUACUUUCUUAAUCUAGUUUGCUCUUUUCAGAUAUAGGAUCCCAAGUUGGAUGUUACUUGAUCAAAAUAGCAUGAACUUAAGGGCAUGGAUAUGACUGAGAUAGUUGCGUAUUCAUGACAACCUUUUCUUCUCCUCAUAAAUAGCCCUAUUCCUUCUAUUCAAUGUUGCAGAACAAUCUGACCUCAAGCAAGCCAGGUUUUUGGUUUUCUGUUUUGAACAACAUUGGAGUAGGGGGUAGGAAAGAGAAGAAAAAAUAAAUUUAGACUUCUGUGCCUGUUAAACAAAACCCUGAGUGAACAAAGUGAUGCUUUAUUUGAUGUAUUUUCUCCUCUUUGUAGUGAAGAAAAUGUUUGGAAGUUAUGUGAGCAGAUAAGAGAUGAAAAAGAGCAAAACCUGAGUGAAUAUUAUUCAGUGUUCAUAUCUAAUGAGAAAAGACAGGUUAGUUUACAGCUUCGUAUAUAAUGUAAAAUAUUAUAUGGUAAGAAAUUUAAGAAAGGCUUACUUGCUCACUGAAAAGUGUGGUUAAUCAUCUGUGAUAUGUUAAUCAACUAGGUUCCUUUAUGGAUGCAAAAAUCUGCAAAGGACCCUUUAGCUCCAGUUGUUUGGGUAAGUCAAUAACUUUGUGACACAAGACACCUUAAUGAUUCUCUUUAGGGCUCAGAGCACUUAUUUACUUUUGGUACCUCAAGGGAGGGCACUUUUGUGAACCAGGGUGCUUCUUCAGGACAGGGUGCUUAUUUCUUUUCUGAGAAGCAGUAAAAUUUGAAACAAAGCUUUUAUGUUUAUUUGACUGAGGAUCAAAAAGACUGAAAAACAUACUUGUUGUCCCACAUCAUUCCUUGCUAGAAUGACUAGCCAAGCAAUUGUCACAAAAUCUUUUAGACAGAACCCAUUGUUGGAAGGAACUGUGCAUUUGCAAGGCCUUAUUAGUAGAGAGACUGAGAUAAGGACCACAUUUUUGUUGUGAGGCUUUUAGUGAGCAAUCAAAGGAUGAUGAACCACAGUUGAUCUCAAUGUUCAUCUACAAUUUUAUUCUAACAGUUCUAUUACUGAAACAGAUAAGGGGGGGGAUUGGAGUUAGGGUGCUCACUCAAUAGGGGUGCUAAUAAGAAGGGAGCGCUUAUCAACAAAAACCAACUUUAGGGGGUUGCUUAUCAGAGAGAAGGUGCUUAUAGGAAAGAGGGCACUAAAUCAAAUCAUUAAAGUUAGUGCUCACUUACUGAGAUCAAAUCAAAGUAAGGGAUUUUUGUGAAUGAUGAAGCAAGAUUUCUUUUUGGUCAAACUUCUCUUAUAAACUGAAAAAGAGAGAUUUUUUAAAAUUCUCUAGCCCCAAUUUUUUGGAUGAAAAAGGAUAGUGGUCAAAUGUUUGAUACUUUUAAUAGUAUAAUAAGAAAUUUAUUAAAUUUAUUAUUAUUUGAAAUGAAGUUAUGAUUUCUUAUUUCUCCUGCUUGAUUUCAAAAUGCUAGCCCUUAGAGGAAAGAUCAGGGGAGUUUUCUCUUUGAACAUUGAUACUUCAACGUGCUGUGAAAAGAGAAGUAGAUUAUUCACCAUUGAACCAAAAGAGAGCUUAAAACUUUUUAGGUCAUUUAAAAUGUAGUUUUAAAACAAAAACAAUAGUAGAGAGUCCACCUUUUAUGUUUUCGAUGAAAUCAGCAAGUUUUUUUUAUUUCAGGACUACCAUGUGCUGCUACUACGUCAGGUGGAUGCUAAGUGUUUGAUAUAUGACUUGGAUUCCAUUCUUCCUUUCCCCUGUCCAUUUGAACAGUAUGUCCAACAGGCAAUCCAAAAUGACAGACAACUUAAAAAACACUUUCACAGGUACUCUCUGCUAUGUUGUUGUAUGUUGUAAACUAAAAGGCCAUGGACAUGUAGAUAAGGAUGUAUGAAAAAAGUUUGGAAGAGUUAAGGGUAGUUGAAUGCACCCAUAUCUGAUGCAGAUAUGUGUACUUACAACCCUGCUACUUAGAUCCUUUGUAACUGAAGACUUUGUUGCUUCUUUCCACCCUCUUUCUCUCCCCCCCACCCCCUCCACACCCGCAGGAAGGUUUGGCCUUACAAGUUUUUUGAGGGGAUAACACCAAUGAACUCAGUGAAUUUUGGAAGCCAUAGUUAUAUAUGUGUAAUUGAUAUGGGAAAGUGGACUUUCAAGCAUAUUUUGCUUUUCAUACUUGUUUUGUCAGCCAAGAUCAAAUAUUAGCAUAACUAACAAUUUAGACACCACUUGCUACUGCUAUUUGCAAGGUCUAAGAAAGUUUUGAGUGCACUUUUUAUGCAAGUGGAAUGUCAAUUGUUCCGUCAUAGAAACAGUGGUGUUGAAUAUGAUUUGUAGGACCUACAAGCUAUAGAGGGGUUCUCUUUUAUAACUUGUAAAUAAAACUACAUUUGAAGACUUAAUAGUUGUCUUUCAUUCAAUAUAGAAAAUUUAGAGUCAUACCAGCAGAGAUAUUUCUCAGUACAUUUGCCUCAGACCGGUCUCAUAUGAAGAAACCAAAUGGAGAGUGGGUAAAACCUCCUCCUCCAUACUCGCCUAUCAGAUCUGAAGGUAAGUAAUAACAGCUUAACCAGAAUGCUACCAGAAGGAUGUUCAAUAAUGAAUAAUUUUAAUUGUUAAUAACUCAUUUUUUAAUAGGAUUGCAUAUGUAGUAUUCCUCCUCAACACACUUUUGUAUCAUCCUUUUGAAAUAGAUGCAAGUAACUUUAUUAUAAUCACAAGAUUGGUGAAAGCCAGGUUAUUAAACUGAAGCACUUAGUUUCAAAUAAGCUGCUGCAUGCAGAUUUUUUUUAUGUUCUAUAAAAUGAAUGGAAAUGCAGUUGCUCUGGUAAUCACCAGUGACCAGGAUGAAAAUUAUACAGUAACAUUUCUCCACUCAUAGUUGGUGAAUAGGGGGGUAAAUGAUGCUUAUAUGUUCCAUGUAUUAUUUGACAUUACAAUACAACCAUUAAUUUUCACACAAUGUUUUUGGCUUCUUUGCAUCAUGUAAAAUAACUGUACAGUAAUCACAUGAUCGCCCCGCACACUCUGAUAUUUCCUUCCAUCAAAAAAAAACAAAGUCAGCUGUGGAAAGCUUGCUCAAGAGUUUUAUCUUUUCAUCUAUAUUAUUUUUCAUGGAAGAAAAAUAAACUUGUUUUUAUAGUUCAUUGAUAGUGACAUUUAAGAGCUGGUUGCAAACAAUCAUCUGCCAUCUGAUCACAAUGGCUUUUUUACCAACCAUUUGUGGGCAAUAUUAUUAUUAUUGGGAGGUUAUAAAUAAAAGAAACUCUUUCUGGCUUUCUUUCCACAGUUUCUCUUCAAAUAUUCAUUUUUGGACAAUCUCUUAGCUGCAGACAUUUAUAUCAGCUAACAUAUCAAGUGCCCGCCAGGGAAUUGUUUACCAAAUAUUCACUUUAACCUCUGACUUUGAGACUGAAUGUGACUGAUUUUUUUAUUUCAUAGAGAGCACAAUGAACCUUCAAGAAUUUAUUGAUAUGUCACAGGGUGAAGGAGAAGGACAAGUGAUGGACUAUAAAACAUUCAUCAAGAGUUUUACUUCAACAGAAUGAUUGGAUGUUGUGAUUAUUACAACUCCUGUUAAAUAUUAUUGGAUGAUAUUACUUUGUCCUCAAAAUUUUGUUUUCUUCAUGUUGUACUCAUCAGAGUACAGAAAGUGGUAUGCUUGCUUAAUUACUAUUUUAGUGUGAUGUUUGUUAAUGCAAAAAGACAACGAGCGUUCCGUAAGGGUUGCAUAAAGUUCAAACGCGCAAGUGCAAG